GGAUUGUACUGUGAUUGACAGUGACUGGGUGAGGGCCCCGCACAGCUGUUUGCGAAGUUGAAGAUUUCCUGUUUCCUCUGGAGUUGCUGAAGAGAAGGCACGGAGUUGUGGGCAGCAAACGGUGCCUGUCGGAAUGUGCACAGCUUUGUGUUCAGCUGUGUAGCUGCCGGAGCCCAGGGGAGGGGGACACGCUCGCUGCUUCUAGAAGACGAUCUUUUUCUGGAUUACUUGAAUCUUAUGUGGCGAAUCUACAGCGAGACAGACUGUAUAUGAGACCUGGAUUUUAUAACAGCGCUAUGGGUAUGGGAGGCGGCUUGUGGCUUCUCGCAGGGCUUUGGAGUUUGACAGCCAGCGCCGUUUCAAGUAGUCUUCCUUUAGACCUGGGUGUGGGUCUUUUAUGCAAGUUCUGUGACGAGAUGCCAACAAACUGCAAUGGCAGAGAUUCCUGUAUUAGCGACUGCAGUAUAACUACCAUUUGUGAAAAUCCAGAAGAUAUUUGUGUAGCUAUAUGGAGGAUGAAUAACCAGAAUAGAACUAUAGAAACUAUGUGCCACCCUUUAACAAAUGAUCUGUUUGGCCACAAGCUGAAAAUCCUCAAUCGGAAUAGAUGUGUUAUGCAGAAAAGAAAGUCUUCUGGGGAAACUCUGUACAUUUGUGCAUGUUCGGAUGAGGAGUGCAAUGACCAAAUAGUCUUCACAGAUGACAAAGUUACAAAUAUGAAUACAGACCAAAAACCUCAACCUGUGAUACCAAAUGAUGGAAACCAUCCAGGCAGUGGAGUUCGUAAUAAAGUACCUGUUUUAUGCAAGUCAUGUGAUGUGAGACAGACAGCAUGUGCAGAUGAAGGCUUGUGCACUAGCACAUGCGAAACUACCAUAAAGUGUGAAGCUGAAGAAGUUUGUGUGGCUAUAUGGAGAAAUAACAACGGCAGCCUUACUGAACAGUUAUUAUGCCAUAACCCAGCACAGAAGCUGUAUGGGCACAUUUUGGAUGAUCAUGUCUCCUCAAAGUGUUUCAUGAAAGAAAAGGAGAUGAGUGGUGAAAACAUGUUAAUGUGCUCCUGUGAUACCAAUGAAUGCAAUAGUGAAUUCUACAUAGGCACUAGUUCCAAACCUAGUAUAUGGGUUCCACACGUUUUGUGUAGGUUUUGUGAUGUGAAAGAGACAACAUGCGAAAACCAAGGCUACUGUACCAGUGUGUGCAACAUAGCCUCCGUUUGUGAGCACCAAGAAGAAGUGUGCAUAGCUAUAUGGAGGAAUAAGGAUGGCAACAUCACCGAGGAAACAAUGUGUCAUGACCCAAAAAAGGAACUGUAUGGCUAUAAACUGGAUGACUAUAAUGAGAAAGAGUGCAUCAUGAAGGAGAAAAAGACAAGUGAGGGAAUAAUGUCCAUGUGUUCGUGUAGAGGAAAACUUUGUACUGAGAGGUUUUUUUUUCCUCCAGCAAAUGAGACAAAUAUAGACCCAUCUAAAGACAUACUCCUGAAAGUUCUUCUCAUCACUCUUCUUCCACUGGUCUGGAUCACCAUUGCAGUCAUCGUCGGCUUCUACUUCUACCGUGUUCAGAGAACAAAGAAACUGAAAAAGAAAUGGGAAAAGAAUCCAAAGUGCAUGCGCCAUCCCGAUAUGGACUGCAGCGAUGCCUGUGCGAUUAUGAUAGACGAUGAUCGUUCUGACAUCAGUUCAACAUGUGCCAACAACCUAAACCACAAUACUGAGCUUCUCCCAAUUGAAUUAGACACUUUGGUUGGGAAAGGUCGAUUUGCUGAAGUGUACAAGGCCAAGCUAAAACAAAAUACAUCAGAACAGUAUGAAACAGUGGCUGUCAAAAUUUUCCAUUUUGAAGAAUAUGCAUCCUGGAAGAUGGAAAAAGAUAUUUUUUCUGACAUGAAUCUGAAACAUGAGAACGUACUGCAGUUCCUGACAGCAGAAGAGAGGAAAACUGACACUGGCAAACAGUAUUGGCUCAUCACUGCUUUCCACUCUAAAGGCAAUCUACAAGAAUAUUUAUCCAAGCAUAUCAUCAGCUGGGAAGACCUUAUGAAGCUUGGAGGCUCUUUGGCCCGUGGCGUUGCUCAUUUGCACAGUGAUCACACACCCUGUGGCAGACCAAAGACACCAAUUGUUCACCGCGACAUUAAGAGCUCAAAUAUUUUGGUUAAAAAUGAUCUCACAUGUUGCUUGUGUGACUUCGGUCUGUCUCUUUGGCUUGAACCUUCACUUUCAGUGGAUGAUCUUGCAAACAGUGGCCAGGUCGGAACUGCUAGGUAUAUGGCUCCAGAGGUUCUAGAGUCUAGAAUCAAUCUGGAGAACAUAGAAUCAUUUAAGCAAACUGAUGUUUAUUCAAUGGCGCUUGUCCUUUGGGAAAUCACAUCCCGCUGCAAUGCCAUUGGAGAUGUAAAGGACUACGAGCCUCCAUUUGGCACAAAAGUGCGGGAGCACCCAUGUGUUGAAAGCAUGAAGGACAAUGUAUUGAGGGAUAGAGGGAGACCUGAAAUCUCCAACAGCUGGCUUAGCCAUCAGGGGAUCCAGCUUGUAUGUGAGACUAUAACAGAAUGUUGGGACCAAGACCCAGAAGCCCGUCUCACUGCUCAGUGUGUAGAGGAAAGGUUCAGUGAAAUGGAGACCCUCGACAGACUCUCAGAGAGAAGCUGUUCUGAAGAGAAGAUACCAGAGGACUGUUCAGAGAAUGCAAGCAAAUAGCAGCACAAACUUUAACCAUAUGGAAUCUGUCCAAUGAAAAACAUUGUCCCACAGUGGAUGGGCCUUCCUCAUAUUUCUGCUGAUGAGGGCCCUGUUUGUAUCACUGUUGUGCGAUAUGUGUGACUGCAAAGACCAAAGCUGUAUCCGUUUUUAAACUAGAGCAGUAUAUGAUCGUACAAGAUUGCUUUACCGCAGGAUGAAUUGGUAUGAGCAUCUCAGGAUUUACAGUUUUUCCUUUAUAACAGCCAUAAUUGUUUGCACUUUAUUUUUUUAUAUAUAUAAACUGAGGCUAGAUGGUAGAUUUCUCAUAAGCCAACAUAAUUUCCAGAAGUAUGUUUCAUGCGUUGGAUAUAGGAAUCUACUAGUAACCUAGAAUGCCAGAACUAAAUUGACUCCUUGUAAGGAAGUAUAUAUGUACGCACUGACCAAUCAGAACAUGCAGUGUAGAGGUGGAUCCGAGUUUAUCUGCAUGUAGUAAAUGCCAAAGACAAAACUGCACACAUUGGACAGAACAUAGAAAGGACUGAAUAUAAAUCAUGUUUAAAUAGUUCAGUGUAUUUGUUCUGUUUAGCUAUAUUAAGUGCAUAUAUACAUCAUAACAUGAGGGCCAUUAAAUCUGUGUAUCGGUGUAACAUACAGUAUGGAGUAAUAUGUUGCCCUGGUGGCAGUGUAUCCAACAUUAUACACAUAGUGUGUGUCAGAGCAUAGUAAGCAAAAGAGAAAUAGCUUGUACCUCCGGCCAAGGAAUGGCACAGUCAUAGAAAAGAAAGUUAAAAGCAGAAUCUUUUUUUGCAAUAUAGGAGUUUGUGUAUAAAAUGAUAUGACAAAUGGCAGUUUAGAUAUUAAGAAAAUGCAUGACUCUCAACAUUAAGAACAGAACACAAGAGGUGAGUUUUUGCCUUAUGUAUAUUCUCACUGUCAUGCAGAGGGAAAAUAUCCAUCCAUAUUGCAUGAUGGAGGUAAUGGGUCACAAAGAGUAAUACAGUGAGGGAGAGGAGGAUUAAACUUAUUUAAAUUAGACAUUUGGCUCAGAUGGGUGACCAUUUUACUGUGUACCCAGUUAUGAUUAGAUGAGUUACUAUCACAACUUCUAUUAAAAUAAAUGCAGUACCAAGUUGUGCUGUGCCUCCCCAAGUGAUAUAGAGAAGGCUUGCUCUGUCUGUGCUCUCUGGCACAGUGCUAACAGCAAAAUGCUCUCUUACACAAUGUGCCUUACCUACUGAACAAAAGGGAAAUUAUAAGGGAUAAUAUGGCAUAUGGGGGUCUAAGAAAUAGUUACCAACAGUGAUUGAAAACUACAGAAUUAUAAUGGAAGUGAGUGCUUUGGUUUUACAGUGCCUUUUUUUUUAUACCCCACUGCCCAUUCAUGUUAUUGCACGUUAGGAAUUAGGUCUACAAUAAAGCUAAGUGCCCAACACUUAAGUGUCACAGGCAAAUAAGUGUAUCAGUUUAUAUAAGCAUGUACAAGGAAUCCAUGAAGAGAUACUGUCACAGCCCUGUUACUUCUUUUAUCAUUAUUGGCAACCUUUGUCCAUGAUGGCAAAAAAAGGCCUAAGUUUGCCAAAAUGGUUAGCCACUUAGCCACCGCCAUGCUCAUAAGUCCUUUAUUUGGGUUUUUUAUACAAGCGAGUGACUGGUUGUUGCUCUGGUUACUUGCUUUAGAUCAUGUUAAAUGUAUACUGUGCUCCACACAGCACUUUCUCCAGAAUUCUUCCCCUUUGGGACAGUAAAUAUGGGCGAAUCCUGUGUUGGAUGCACUUUGUAAUACAGCCCCGGACAAACCAAUAGGCACGUACCAUGCAUGGGCGGGGCAGAAUCAUUUCAGUAGGAUUCCCUUGUAUAAGAUUGUAAUCAUUGCUGCUCUAUAAAAAUGUUUAAUAGUCUCAAGAGAUGGAGACAUAUAAAGCAUUCUGCACCAAAAACUCAACUUGCUUAAGGACAGUAUUUGACUUGUUAUAUCACUGCCUUCUCAUACCCUUUGGAAUGGACUGGUGCACUAUUCCUUGUCAUUGUGUGAGUUGGGCAGUGACAGUGUAUGGUGAGAAGCCUUGGCUGUUUCCCCCCCGGAGCAGCCCAACGCUCAGAGCUAAACUUGCAGACAUAUUUUUAUAUAUUUUGAUCUUUUUUUUAUAUUCAGGUGGAUAUGAAAAUAAUAACAUAUUUUAUACUCACUUAAACUAACAAAGUAUUUGUAUGCAAUAAUGAUAUAUUAUAUGGAAUCUAUUUUAUUUCACUUAUUUGAAAGGAGGAUAUGGGCUCAGGAUCACAGCAGGGAUCUUCAUAUUGUUUGCUGCAAACUCUUUAUUCUAUGCAAUGCCAAAAAGGGGUUGAUGGAAAUUAGCCAAUGUAGUUGAACUGUGUCUCUGGAAAAGCCAAAUGCAAAGCCAUUAUCAACAAUAAAAAAUCAUUAGAAGUUUCUGAAAAAAAUGCACAGUGUAUUGUCCAGGCUUGAAUGCUGGAAUAUUCCAUUUUGUAUUAGGGGAUCUGUUACCAGGAAAACUAUUAACUAGAAAUGAUUUGCCUUUUCUCUCUAAUAAUUAAACAGUACCAUGUACUUGAUGCAUAAACCCAUAUUAUUUGCAAAACAAUCCUAUUGGGUUUAUUUUAUGUUUAACUGUUUAGUAGACUUAGGGGUAUAUUUAUCAUGGAGUGAAGCAUUACCGGUGAUGUUGCUCAUAGCAGCCAAUCAGCAUUUAGAUUUCAACAGGUAGAAAAGCAAAGCAUCUGAUUGGCUGCUAUGAGCAACAUUGCUGGUAAUGUUCUAAUGUGCAAAACCCCAGGUCAUGACCAUUCUGGAUAACAGGUCCCAUACCUGUCCCAGUAAAUGAGAUUUAGCCUUGGAACAUGUGGCCGCCUUGUUAAUAGGAGUGGAAAAAGUGGAGACAGAGAUAACAGAGUAAAUUGUCCCACAAGGAACCGGAGGAAAGGCCAAAACACUCCCUGCGUUGAUAGCGCUGCUGCAUUGUGCUUGCAGUUUGUCCCUUUGUAUGUGGCCGUCUCUCAGGCAGUGUGUGGGAUGAUGAGGGGGCAGAGAAUGUCACAUGUGUCCUGGUCCUAUAAGGAAACAAACUGCCUGCACCUCCCUAUAUAAAUCAGUGACUUGUGUGAGCUGCAUUGUGUAAGCGCUGGGCACCCGCACUUCUCCAUGACUCAAAUUGUCAUCUCUAUAUACCGAGGAGUAACUUGAUUAUUUCCAAAAUGGAACAGAUUUUUUUUAUUAAUAAUAUUUAUGGAUUAUAUUCUGUGAGAUGAAGCUCAUACUACAUUUUCAUUAUAAUUCCCUAUUUGAUGUAGGGUUUAUGGGUAAAUGAGAAGUAGGGGGGUGCAUGUGGUCAUACAGUAACUUACUGAGGGCACAAAACAAUCUUUAUUGGUAUAUUUGUAUUCAUACAUAGCAGUGGGCUGCCAUACUGUUUCCCUCACAAAGGGAGUGCAUUGCUUGUGACCUAUUUGCACCUAACCUACUAGUAGUAAUGUAGAUUGUGACCUAACAUGUCUCCCAAUGCCAGGCAGGUAUGGCUGUGCCAGGAGCCCAGGUGCCCCUUUUAGUUUGGCACGUACCAUUCUGUGCAAUUGCAGAAGCGCAGACAUAUCUGUCGUUUAAUUUCCCUGCUACUGGAAAGGUGCAGAGUGAGAGAGACGCAGAAACAAGGGAUAUUUUGCUACUGAUCUCUCUGUCUCCAUUUGUUCCUCUGAUAAGGAUCAGCACUUGGAAUGCAGCUUUAUGUUAUGUUACAGUGGGUGAUACUAGCUAUGCAAGUCAUGUGACAAUCUCAGGUUUCACUAAGUAAAAACAAAUGGAUUUCUCCUCCUUUGCACUAAGAUCUUUUGCCAAAACUUAACUCUGAGUUUAUUUCUAUAGAUAUAUGUGCAACAAAUGCUAUAGAGUGGCCCUUUUGUAUUUGUAUGGGGCCCAUUUCCUAUCAUGACUCUGAGCAAGGUGCUUACAGAUCUGUGUGCCAGGGCUGCACCCUGUGGGGGGGUCACUUACAGGAUACACACGUGCCUUAGUGCAACGAGAGGAACCCUAUCCUGCCAAGCACAAAUCUGUUCGACACUGUUACCCUCCAGCACAAGGGACAGCAAAAUGUACAGGAAAUAAAAAUACUUUAAAUGUGAAUUUCAUAAAUAUAAAUAUAUCUACAAAUCUUUUAUUUUAUGCAUUUGUAUUUGUAACUAUCCAGUUGUAUAUACCUGUGUAUAUAGCUAUAUAUGUAAAUAGAAUAAAUAAAAUACACAAUAACA